AUGAGGAGCCAGCCAGAGAGCGGCGUGCGUACGCUUUCUGCUGCUUUUCGCACUCCUCCCGCUCCCACCACGCAGCACACGCAACGCAACGCAACGCAACUUCUCUCCCACCUCUACCUACCUACGUACGCUUGCUCGCUACCUUACGGAUACUGCUGGCGUACGUUACGUCCGCUCUUUUGCUCCCAUCAAUUCCCCUGGCGGCCCACUCCCCAAUCGCACCCUCCUCUCCGCCCGCUACCAACCCUUUCAACACCCCCAUCCCCCCCAUCCCAUCCCUUCCUUCUCGACACCGCACUUCACUCGCCUUCUGAAAUUCGAUUCUCGAUUUCUACCGACGACAAGGCACGGAAUCUUGCGAACCAACAAAUACUCUCCCGUAGCGGCCACGAUCGCUUCGCUGGGACUCGCAUUCACCCUCAUGACCGACGCCUGAAAUACUCCCGACCGACCCGGAACAGACGAGAAGCAACCCGGCUUUGGGAACAACACCAUAGGCAGCUCCAAGCCCGACUGGAAGACAUAGCAGUUGCGCAGCCUUCGACGACCAACAAUUUCGACGACGACGACUUCCACUCUUUAAACUCUCUAUCCGUUUCUUCUCCUCCCUUCUUCGACACUCUCAACAUUAGCAUCCACUUAACCACCGACGACUUUGAGAUGGACGGCCACGGUUACCCCCCGGGCGAAGGCCCCCCGAACGGCGAUGGAGAGUACGGCGAAGAGUGGGCUCGCGACCUAAGGGUAAAGUUCGAGUCACUUCUUCGUGACAAGCGUAUGACCGAACUUCGAACUACCUCUCGCCAAGGCACUCCUCAACCCAGAGAGAGCGCAAGCAGUGCCAACCUCCGUGGUCUCGCAUCACCCGGUCCCGGUCGACCUUCAACUUCACACAGCUCGACACCAAUGCCGCCGACACCACCUGCUUACUCUCGCCACCUUCCCAAGAUUCCCACACCACCCGCCGCCCACGACCGCGAUUCACAAAAAUUCCGCAACCUGAUGAUCAGUCUUUCUCUCACUCCGACAAAGUACGAAAACCCUGGUUUGUUGGACGAGGCUCUGCAGUGCAUACCCCUCGACCGGAUAUACGGCGAGGCGGAAGAGGAGUGCCAAGUGAUGCAGGCCGAGGCUGAGAGUAUGGGAGAUGGACGCAAAGCCACUUGGGGCUACCAAGAUUGCGUUAUCCGCGCACUACUGAGAUGGUUCAAGCGAUCAUUCUUCACCUGGGUCAACAACCCCCCGUGCCCUGUAUGCCUUUCGCCCACAAUCGCCCAAGGCAUGACGCCCCCGACGCCCGACGAGAGUGCAUGCGGUGCCCUUCGAGUCGAGCUCUACAAAUGCUCAGCCGGAGACUGCGGCGCUUACGAAAGAUUCCCCAGGUACGGCGAUGUUUGGAGACUACUGCAUACCCGCAGAGGACGUGUUGGAGAGUGGGCGAACUGCUUCAGCAUGCUUUGCCGUGCCAUGGGAGGCAGAGUUCGUUGGAUCUGGAACGCAGAGGACCACGUCUGGACUGAGGUAUACUCCGAGCACCAGAAGCGAUGGGUCCACGUCGACGCCUGUGAGGAGGCAUGGGACAACCCGCGCCUUUACACCGAGGGCUGGGGUAAGAAGAUGUCCUACUGCAUCGCUUUCUCUAUCGAUGGCGCCACCGAUGUCACCCGCCGAUACGUACGCAAGAGCGAUUUCUGUGCAGAGCGCAACAGAUGCCCCGAAGAGGUCCUGCUCUACAUCCUGAACGAGAUCAGAGGCCUGCGUCGCGGCAACAUGAACAAGGAUGAAAAGUUCAGACUCGAGAAGGAGGACAGCCGCGAGGACCGCGAGCUUCGGGGAUAUGUCAUCAAGUCUAUUGCCCAGGCCGUCACCGACCUCGUUCCUGGAAUGCCCAGCCCAUCGGCGAGCAGCGCACCCCCUCCCCGUCAAGCAGCUCCUCAAAGACGCGACGACACCAAGUUGCCUGCUGAACAGCCCGGUCGCCAGACCGGAUCCGCGGAGUACCUCGCGGCACAGGCCAACGCAAACGCAAGGCAUCACCAGUUUCCCCCGCACGACCCGAGCCGCCGCCGCGAUCUGCCUUGA